AUGGUCUUCCAAAACAUCCUCCCCAAGAUAGGCGCCCACUGGCUCGUCAACUUGUACCGCUCGGCCAGGAAACUCCGCAGAUUGCAGAGCAAGCCAUCUACCGUUGCCGCCUCCGGGUGCACCAUCCCGGCCGCUGCCGGAAGGACGGUGCUGUACGACUUCCACGGCGGGAUCCUGAGGUCCAGAGCUCUCUUCCCCUACUUCAUGCUCGUCGCCUUUGAGGGCGGUAGCUUUCUCCGGGCGCUACUCCUCCUCGUCUCCUUUCCUCUCGUAUGGAUAUUCGGCGAGCACUCCGACGCCAGCCUCAGGGUCAUGGCGUUCGUCACCUUCGUCGGACUCAGGCCACGGGAUGCUGACCUCGUGGCCCGCGCCAUCCUGCCCAAGUUCUACAUGGAGAAGCUCAACGCGGAGGUGUACGAUCGCUUGUGGCUGCCGGCGAAGAGGAAGGUGGCGGUGACGAGCACGCCGAAGGUGAUGGCGGAGUGGUUCCUCAAAGAGUACAUGGCCGCGGACAUAGUUGUCGGGAAUGAACUUCAGAUGAUUAAGGUUGGUCGCCGCUGCUACUUCACCGGGCUGCUGGGCAGGUUAGGGCCAUUGCCGGCUGGCAUGACGGAGAAGGUCCUGAGGUCAGAGUUUGGAGUGGACGGCGGCAUGGCCGACGUUGCCGUUGUCGGGAGCUCCAACCCACUUAAUCACCUCUUCACCUCCUACUGCAAGGUUCGUACAUUCGUGCUUAACAGUCUACUAAAGUUCUAUAGCUAA